AUGGCGCCAAAACCAGCGGGUCCUUCAGGGGGUAAUGCACCCCCUGCCGGAUCCAAGUCCUCUGCCAAGGGAAAACAAGGUGGUGGGCCGGAUUUCAAGGCCUUGGAGCUUGAGUCGGAGUUUAAGACCAAGCAUCUUGGUGUGCUGGGAGUAUUAGCAUGGAUACUGUUCUUGCAUCUCGCCGGUAUCUACUUCUUCACCAAGGGCUUCCUUCUUACGCGAAUGGUACUGGACAACAAAUCGUCAUGUGAAGUUCUUCCAUUUGAAAGCUCAAACAACCAAGUCGCUGGAAACAAAAAUGGAGACGGGUGCUGGCAUGGCAAAUCCUUCGACAAGGCUGUUGUCAUCAUUAUUGACGCUCUCCGAUACGACUUCACCGUGCCCUUUGUUUCCGAUGACGAGAGUGCUGAGGCCCACGUUUUCCACGAUAACAUUCCCGUCCUGUAUGAGACGGCUGUCAAGAACCCCGCCAAUGCGUUCUUGUUGCCCUUCAUUGCGGACCCACCGACAACAACCUUGCAACGACUGAAGGGUCUCACCACCGGCACUCUACCUACUUUCAUCGAUGCGGGCUCCAACUUCGCCGGAACAGCCAUUGAUGAGGACAACUUGGUUGCCCAGUUGCACGGCGCUGGAAAGACACUUGUCCAGCUAGGCGACGAUACUUGGCAGUCAUUGUUCCCAGGGUACUUUGAUGAGAACCUCACUCACCCGUAUGACUCGUUCAACGUGUGGGACUUGCACACCGUUGACAACGGCGUCAAUGAGCACCUCUUCCCGCUUCUCCGUUCCGAGAACCAGAGCAAGUGGGAUGUGAUCUUUGGACACUACCUCGGUGUUGAUCACGCAGGCCACCGCUAUGGACCUAACCAUGCCGCCAUGGCUAGUAAGCUCCAGGAGAUGGACCAAGUAAUCCGCAACAUCAUCGCCGCAUUGGAUGACAAUACCCUUCUUGUCGUCAUGGGUGACCACGGAAUGGAUAUCAAGGGCGACCACGGCGGCGAGUCAGACGACGAAGUCGAAGCGGCUUUGUGGAUGUACUCUAAGCGGGGAAUCUUCGGACGCACGAGCAAGGAAAGCUUGCUCCCACCAAAGCACGCUCGUGAGCGCCCAGUUCCUCAAAUCGACCUUGUUCCAACCCUGUCUCUGCUCCUUGGAAUGCCGAUCCCAUUCAACAACUUGGGUUCUCCCAUCGAGGAGGCCUUUGCUGGAUCGAGUGGCAAUGAUUGGGCCAAUUUGUUGGCUGUCAAUAGGUUGACAGCGGCACAGAUCAAGAGAUACCAGCACGAAUACGCCAUUGCUCGUGGUGCAGGUGAUGAUGUGGAAUCGUUUGAUCUCUGGUCUGCGGCGGAGGCAGAGUGGAAAUCUUCCUCCAAGGGCUUCACUUCCAAGUCCGCUGCCAUUCGUGCUAGUUACGACCUUUACCGCAAGUAUCAGCGACACACUCUGGAUAUCUGCCGUGGACUCUGGGCUCGCUUUGAUGCCUUCAGCAUGAUUCAAGGUGUUGUGCUUCUGUUUGGUGGCAUUUCUUUGCUGGUUCUGUAUGCCCGUGGCAUGAAGGCAGACCGGACUGAACUCACUUCCCGUCUCCUGUCCUUUGUUGGCAUUGGAUCAGGCGUGGGUGCUGUAGCCGGCUUGGCUUUGGCUGUGACUGGUCUCACUGAGAUGACUGCGAUUGACCUAGCUGUUUUGGUGGCUGCCAGCGGAAGCAUGGUGGGCGGGCUCCUCGCUCUGCUUAGGGAGUCGGCGCAGUUGACCGUACCGCUUCCCACUGGCAUGUGGGGAUGGCUUGCUUUCUUCUUCACCGUCUCUCAGUCUCUUGGAUUUGCCUCGAACUCUUAUACCAUCUGGGAAGAUGAAAUCCUGCUCUUCUUCCUCACAACCUUUGGUGUGUGCGCUGGUAUCUCGUCCAUGCGCCAGAAAUCUACCCCCGACCGCGUUCUGGGUGUUUACCAUUCGCUUUUGUUCGUUAUUCUAGGCCGUGUUGCGUCCUUCUCUCGUCUUUGCCGCGAGGAGCAAAUGCCGUUCUGCCGCUCUACCUACUACUCUUCUUCGACUUCUUCCAUCUCUGCUCCUUGGCAGCUAAUCAUUCCCUUCGCCGUCAUGCUCUUCCUUCCCAGCGUCGUGCGGUCCUUCUACAUUGGCUCCAAGUCAUACGAAGAUAAUGCUACCCUGUGGAUUGGCUUCGCUUUCCGCCUCGGUCUUCUGAUCACCUCGGUAUUCUGGGUGCUUGAAGGUGCCGACGAUGGCGAAUGGCUCCCACUGAGCAAGGAAACCCUCAAGUCACUCCGUGUCUUCCUGGCCCAAGUAGUCCUUGCACUAGCCUUCGCCGCAGGCACAGCUGCAUUCGUCUACGCCAAGCCCUGCGUCAGCAUCAGCGUGAGCCAACCCCAAGAAGACCCGAACGCACCGCCAGUCCCCUAUAUCGUCGGCCAGGAGCAGAAACCCCGAACAACCGUGACCGUGCUCGGCUUCGGCAACAUGUACGGCACACGCUUCUUCUUCAUGGUCCUAAACUUCGCCCUCGCCAUCAUCCUCAUGUCCAAGCCAAUGGGCCAAGGCGCAAUCGCCCUCCUCCUCUGGCAAAUACUCUCCCUCCUCGAGAUCCUCGACACAAACGCCCUAACUCUCACCAACUCCUCCAUCGGCCCCGUCAUCCUCGGCGUCCUGGGCUCUUUCUACUUCUUCAAAACAGGCCACCAAGCCACCCUAAGCAGCAUCCAAUGGGAAACAGCCUUCAUCCCCCUCUCCACAAUCCAAUACCCCUGGUCCCCCCUCCUAGUCAUCCUAAACACCUUCGGCGCCCAGAUCCUCGCCGCCCUCGCCGUCCCCCUAACCGUCCUCUGGAAACGACCCCUCCAAACCCACGACCGUGUCUCUUCUUCAGACCCUUCCACAAAAUCCCCCAAACCGGCUACAAAGCUUCUUUCGGACGUUAUCCAGGCCGUCUCAACUCACAUCCUCUACCUGGCUACUAUCAACCUCGCCACGACAAUGUGGGCGGGCCAUCUCCGCCGCCACCUGAUGCUCUACCGUAUCUUCAGCCCCCGUUUCAUGAUGGGCGCCGUCGUGCUAGGCGUCAUUGAUGUCGUCCUGCUGGUCUUUGCUGUUCCGGGCGUGCGCUUCAGCACCGUCAGCGUCGGCGAGAUCUUCGGCUGGUGA